AUGUGGAACGACACAGGCUUCCCUUCUAUCUCUCCUUCACCUGGAAAUGGAGAAGCAUGGUUGCAGAAUUCCAAUACUGUCUCUUCCGAGCAAGAGAGAUUAAACUGUGCCAGCGACUUCUUCGACAGUUUGCAAGAUCACUACAGGGACAUUAAUACAGGACUUCAUUCUAAAGCCAUCGGUGAGCCAAGGAAGCGAUUGACAACAAGAGAUCUUGAGAACAAACAUCAAGUGACAUUGAACACUUCAUACCAGUCCAAAAGGCUGAAGACUUCGUAUUCCAGGAAGCAAAGAUCGACAAUAAUUCCAGGAAUAAUGCCUAUUUCUAAAUUGCCCAUGAGAAGAAGCCAGAAACUAGGGGAUAAGAUAACAGCCCUUCAGCAGCUCGUUUCUCCCUUUGGAAAGACGGACACUGCAUCAGUGCUUCAAGAGGCCGCUCUUUCCAUCAAGUUCCUCCACGAGCAAAUUAAAGGCCAUGCAGAAAGCAGCAGCAGCAGUGGAGACUUGCCUAACAGAGGGCUUUGUCUCGUGCCUAUUUUCACCAUCCUUGGCUUGGAUUUGAUGGAUCAAACACCUUGUGGCGGCGGCGCGGCUGGCCGGACCAAGCAAACUACAGAUCAUCGCGAUAGUUAA